GCCGGCAUGGUGGCUGCCACCGUGCCUCUUCAUGUUCUUUCAAUUGAAAAAGACGGUUUAAAGAUUGGACCUCUCCUCUUCCUCUUCGCCCAAGCCCAGAGCCUGAACCCGCUCGCUCGCCGGCGAUCUUCCGGUUGCCGUACGAUGGACGCUCUCGCAUCGCAGGCGAAGCAGGCGGGCCGCCUCUGGCUCGCCGGAUUCACAGAAGCGUGCUCUCUCCAUCGUGUCGUCAUCUUCUGCUUGAGUUCGAAGAUGCUGUCAAUCAGAACCGGCCAGUGCUUCCUCUUGAACGGAUUCAUUUUCUUGGGAAGUUUAUUUACACUAAAGUCUGCAGUCAUCCCAACCCUGAUGUGGAUAUUACCUGAUCAAUGUGAAAAAUUAAGUUCACAGAGUCUUUGCGACCAUAAAGCAGCUUUAGCACUUUAUUCCUUCUUACGUUUCAUCCUUGUUCAGAUUUUCUAUAUUUUCUGGUUUUAUCCUCUUUAUGUUUUCAGCUUCAUACUGUGCACCCUCUGGUACAAUGACAUCGCUAAGAAUGCUUUUGAUGUUCUGGGAAAACAAGGACCUUCCAAUGCACAAAUACCUAACAGAAAUGAUUUACCGGACUCUCAGAGUGUCAGACACAUGGGCAGGCCAGGUGGAUUUGAGCGGGUCUUACUUGGAAUUGGUGAACAGGUUUAUUCGAUCCUUCUGCUAAACAUCUUCUUCAUAGAGAUCUUUGCUAUGGGGUUUAUACCCUAUAUUGGCAAGGCAAUCAAUUUUCUGCUUCUUUCCUUGAUGUAUGCCUACUACUGUUUUGAGUACAAAUGGAAUUUUUCUGAAAAGAGUUUAAAUGAAAGGCUUGAGUUCUUCGAAUCCAACUGGUCAUUUUUUGCGGGAUUUGGAAGCCCAUGUGUUCUUCCAAUUCUCUUUUUCUCUACACUUGUAAGCUAUGGUAUUAUGGCCAUGCUUUAUCCGCUGUUUGUUUUGACAGCAGCAGGCACUCAAUCUGAGGAAGUUAUUGAUUUUAUAAAAGGUUCAUGGGGGGGAGGUGGACCAAGAAAGCUUCGAUUAUUUUAUGCUGCAGACAAAGUAUCGAUGCUGGUAUUGCAAUUGUUCCCUAAAGUGAGCAAAGAACAUUGACUAAUUAUGGAAGCCACAGGAAGUCGUCCUAUUCUAUCAUACUUUUCUUUUUUCUUUGAGAAAUUUGAUGAUCACAGUAGGAGUCAAACCCACCUAUGCACACUGCUUGUAGAAGUGCUGUGGUUUCACCUCCUUGUACAGGAACUGAAGGAGAACGAUGCUGGUUGAUGCUGUUAAGCUCCUAUUGGAAAUCACUGCAAUUGUAAGUAGGUAGAAUUUAUUGAUGCUUGUUAAAUUUUAUUUAAUCAAUUGAUGAAGGAAACUUCAUUCGCUGCAA